GAAGGUUGUGCUAAUAGCAACAGCAUUUUUUAUGGUAUGCACAAAUUUUGCAGUGGGUUAUGAUAGCUAUGGAGAAAACACAGGCGGGGUUAUAAAAAUAAGUGGUAAAGUAUUGUGCCAGGACUGCUCCAAGGGCUACACCGAAUGGGUUAACGACGCCAAUCACCUCAAAGGUGCUAAGGUAUCCCUGACAUGCAUGGAUAAGAGAAGCAGAGUGAUGUAUUACAGAAGCGAUGAGACUGAUGAAGAAGGGCAAUUCGAAAUGAGUGUGGAUAAAUACACUUACAAAAAUAAGGAGCUGAAGACAGAAUUUUGCUGGGUGAGAUUGGUGUCAUCGCCCCACCCCACCUGCAACAUAUUCACAGACUUCAAUGGCGGAAAGUCAGGAGUCAAACUCAUGCAACCCUCCUCCAUUUAUAGAGACAUUGUUACUUAUACGAUGCAACCCUUUUAUUUUACUUCUCCUAUGUGUGAAAAACCAGACGAUGAAGCUGAUGAUGAACCCGAAGGAAACAAUUACUAG